AUGAGGUGUCUCAGUAUCGGAGGAAGUGGAUCAACGAUCCCUGUGGUAUAUAUCAUUGACUCCUUUCGCACAUUACCUAUCCUAAUUGUACUGGCCCUUGCGUCAAAGAUUGGUUACGGGACCGGCACCACCUGGUUUAAAGAUUCUGCGACGGGUAUCGAUCGUGCAGGGGUAGAAACCUUCAAGAAGGCCAUCAGCCUCGGAUACCGUCAUUUUGAUACCGCUGAGAUGUACAACACAGAGAGCGAACUCGGGGCUGCGAUUGGGGAGUCUGCCGUCGCUCGCUCGUCUCUAUUCGUGACGACUAAGUGCGUAACAGCCAACCCAGCCGACAUUCCUGCAGCACUGGAAGCUAGCCUGCAAAGGUUGCAGCUAGAUUAUGUCGACCUAUAUCUGAUACACAGUCCCUUUGUUUACAACACUCCAGACCAGCUCCAAGGAGCCUGGAAACAGAUGGAACUGCUGCACAAGAAAGGCCUCGUGCGAAACAUUGGCGUCUCAAACUUCCUAUGUCAUCACCUGCGGACAGUGCUCUCGGUAGCGACGAUAAAGCCAGCAGUCAAUCAGAUCGAAAUGCAUCCGUACCUUCCUCGAACUGGACUUCGACGUUUUAUGCGCGAGAAAGGGAUCGGCUUGGCCGCCUUUGCUACGAUAACUCCAAUCACCACGGCGAAGGGGAAGAGCAGUGUCUUCGAAUCUUACAUCAAGACUCUGGCGGCGAAAUACCACCUGGGGGAGGAAGACCAAGGUCAAGUUCUGUUGGCAUGGGCCUUGAAGCAGGAAGCAGUGGUCAUUACGACGAGUCGAACGGAGGAGAGGUUGAAGCGGAUUCUGGACCUUGCGGUAGAGCGCGAUGCGGAUUGGGAAUUAACAAGAAGCGAAGCAGAGGAGAUUGGUAGACUAGGCCAGGGAGUGAAUUUCCGCACCUAUUUCGCUGAAGACAUCGGCACGGCAAAUUUCGAGUAA